UCUUUCUGCCUGCUACUUGACACACCGCUCGAGGACAACGACCAUGACUCACACGAGGACUUUAAGAGUAGAUUGUGACAGAACCAACGAUGUUGUCUGCGUUGUCGACUCGGAACUCAGCGUACACCUGAACAGGAGUGCCCCGCCACAAUCCAGCUUCUUCUCUGUGAAGUGCACCUCCAAUGUUGAGUACAGCAUCACCCCGACGCCUUCGGUCCCGGUCCACCUGUCCCCCCUCCCCCUCCAUGACAACCAAGUGCUGCUCAUCAGAAUAAAACAUGCCAGCAAAUAUGAAAACGACAGCAAGCUCUCUGUCUGGUACUACGGGAAGAAGAAAGAGGUGUUGGGGAAAGCAAUCCUGCACCUGACAGCUUUUGAGAUCUCUCUGGAUGUGGAUGCUGACAGAGAUGGGGGAGUAGAAAGAGACAACCCUAAUAAGGACUCCUGGAAAUGGGGUCCUAACGGCCAUGGAGCCGUCCUAUUGGUCAACUGUGACUCUGAGACAAGAUACCACUACAUGAAGACACCAGACCAUGAGAAGGACCGUGUCUCCAGAGUGUCAGAUCUAAAGGACAUGUCGCUCAUGGUGUUGCGGACCAAAGGCCCUGCCAAGCUCCCAGAGGGAUACAAACUCAACCUGCACAUCUCUCAAAGCGACGCAGAGAGUGUCAGAGUCUUCAGGUCCGGAUCCCCUGGAGCUACUUCAAACUUCGUGGUGAGUAUCUUCUACAGUGCCUUUGUGGAGUCCUAUCCACUGGUUCUGAGCAGUGAGGUCUUGUCCAAGGAAGUGCCUUACCCAGGAGAUGAUGCAGAGCUGAAGAUGUACGUGGAGGGUCUCAGGUUUCCUGAUAAAGACUUCAAUGGCCUCGUCACCAUCAACCUCAGCCUGUUGGAUACCAUUGCAAAAGGUCUCCCAGAGACGCCUAUUUUCACGGACAGAGUGGUGUUCAGAGUGGCACCUUGGAUCAUGACACCCAACACCCUCCAGCCUGAGGAGGUGUUUGUCUGCAGAACUGAUGAUAACCAAUUCUUCCUUGACGAAAUGACCAGGCUUGUUGCGAAGAGCGGGUGCCAGAUCAAGAUUUGCCCGAAAUUUGUGAACAGAGGUGAUCGCUGGAUGCAGGAUGAGAUGGAGUUUGGUUACAUCGACUCACCUCAUCAACGGUUUCCUGUCGUUCUGGAUUCACCUCGAGAUCGAGAACUUGACGACUUCCCAUUCGAUCGGCUGCUGGGCCCUGACUUCGGCUAUGUUACGAGAAUAGCCCACAGUGAUGACGUGAGCAGUCUGGACUCUUUUGGUAAUCUGGAGGUGAGUCCUCCCGUCACUGUGAAUGGAAAACACUACCCCCUGGGCAGAAUCAUCAUUGGAGUGGCCUUUCCGACGGCAACCACAGGACGGAACAUGACCCAAGUUGUUCAAGACUUCCUGUGGGCUCAGAACGUUCAGGAGCCAGUGGCCUUGUUUUCGGACUGGCUCUAUGUUGGACACGUUGAUGAGUUCAUGAGUUUUGUUCCUGCGCCCGACCGAAAGGGGUUCAGGCUGCUGCUCGCCAGCCCGGACGCGGGCUACAAACUAUUCAAAAGAUUACAGAAUAAUGGACACGGAAAAGCCAAACUGUUUGAGGAUUUGACUGAUGAAAAACAACUGACAGUGGAUGAGAUACUCAGCCUUGAGAGUCUCCAAUCUCAAAAUAACUAUGUGCAGAGCUGCAUCGACUGGAACAGAGAUGUUCUGAAGAGAGAGCUAGGCCUGGAGGAAGCGGAUAUUAUUGACUUGCCGAUCCUCUUCAAGCUCGUGGAAACUAAAACCCAGUUGAAAGCACUGGCUUUCUAUCCUGACAUGGUGAACAUGAUCGUCUUGGGCAAAAACCUUGGCAUCCCAAAGCCUUUUGGCCCCAAGGUGAACGGCCGCUGUGCCUUAGAGGCGGAGACGAGCUCCCUGCUGGAGGGCCUGGGACUCAACUGCACCUUCAUCGACGACUUUGCCACCUACCACAAAAAUCUGGGAGAGGUGCACUGUGGCUCCAACGUUCGCAGGAAGCCAUUCGACUACAAGUGGUGGAACAUGGAAAUGUGAAAGGAACCUUUACUGAGGACAGAGGCGGGGCUAUACUUUAAAGCACCUUUAAAGCAAGUCAUAUAUUGUUAAGAAGAUUAUGUAUUGUUAAAGUCUUCUUUUAGCUCAGUCUUUAAUCACAACAAAUCUAAUUUUCCUAAAUGUAUGCUUCUUUUUUUAUACUAAUAUUCUUGCUAAGUAACUAGAAGCUUUAAUGCAGGGAAAGCCAAACCAGAGGUUAGCCCUUUUUUUGCAUCUUCAUCUUUAUUAAACAUUUUUUGUCAGCUUUAUUUACAAAAAGGAUGAAAAGCAAUAUGUACAAACAAAUCAUUUAAACAAGGGCUUUAGCAGACCGUUGACAAGAACAGAAAUACAAUCACUUUAAUUGAGCACAUCGAUGAUUCACUCCCAGUCCUUGUGAUUGGAGACCAACUGUUGUGCAAGCACAAUUAGAUGAAUGUUAUCACAUGUGCUAUAAUAAUACAAAGCCACAAGAGGGCACACUUCGUCUACUCAAGCAUUUGCAAAGUCCCAAGGAAAAUCAUUUCAAAUCAAGUCUUUACACAAAUAAUUUAAGAGGCUCAAAUGCUGUAUUAUUACCAAAAAUGUCUUGCUAUAUUUUCUAUAACAUUUUUCUGUAGAGUCCAAUGCAAAAAGGUUUUUUCAAUUUCUAGCACUAAAAAGGAUGAAUACAGUGUGUUUUGCAUUUGAUCCACCACCUCAAACCAUUUGUACUUUCACAAACUGUAAAUGCAAAGCAAAUGUAACUCAUGUAGGCAAUAAAUCUCAUGUCCGCUUCA